AUGGAGAAGAAUUACAAGAGGUUAGUGGAGUCUAACAAGUGGGCUACAAGGCUCACUCCUCGUAUGCAAGCAAGGUUUAACAAAAGGAUAAACGACUGCCGUUCAUACAAGUUUCGGAGAGCAAGUGAGAAGGUAUAUGAGAUCAUAUCUCCAACAGGGAAGCAUACUGUUGACUUGGAUUCUAGAACUUGCACCUGCAAAUGGUGGCAAAAACAUAGCUUUCCUUGCACUCAUGCAAUAAAAGCAAUGUUGCAGAUUGGAAAUGAUGAACCGUACAACUACAUCAGCCCUUACUAUACUUCUGAAUACUAUAAAAGGUUGUACUCUCAACCCAUUUAUCAUAUUCCUGCUCUGAGAAGCCACCUGGAAUUAAUGAAAAGGGGUAUAUUUUGCCUCCCACCGGUGGUCGAGAACAAGAUGGAAGACCUAAAGGUGUUAGGUACAGGGGUUCUCGUGAAAAGGUGCGGAAGAAGAGGAAGUGUGCCUAGUGUGGGAUGCUGA